GAAUGUGUUGCUCAUUCUCCGGGUGCUGUCACGUGUGUCAGUUUGGGCCGCAAGUCAGGCCGCGUCAUGGCGACCGGAGGCGAAGACCGACCGUCGAAACUGUGGGCCGUGGGCAAGCCUGCGUGCAUCCUCAGCCUAACUGGUCAUACUUCAUCGGUUGAAGCCACGGAAUUUAGUCAAGAGGAAGAUCGGGUUGCUGCUGGGUCACUUUCUGGCUCUAUCCGAAUAUGGGACUUAGAGGAAGUAAAAAAAGAAUGUGUUGCUCAUUCUCCGGGUGCUGUCACGUGUGUCAGUUUGGGCCGCAAGUCAGGCCGCGUCAUGGCGACCGGAGGCGAAGACCGUCGGGUCAAACUGUGGGCCGUGGGCAAGCCUGCGUGCAUCCUCAGCCUAACUGGUCAUACUUCAUCGGUUGAAGCCACGGAAUUUAGUCAAGAGGAAGAUCGGGUUGCUGCUGGGUCACUUUCUGGCUCUAUCCGAAUAUGGGACUUAGAGGAAGUAAAAAUUGUACGCGCCCUGUCUGGUCACACUUCGGCAGUCAGCUCUUUGGAUUUUCAUCCCUUUGGUAAUUUCGUUGUCUCCGGCUCGAUCGACACCUUAGUCAAGCUCUGGGAUGUUUCUAGAAAGGGCUGUAUCAACACCUACCGGGGUCAUUCUGGAGGAGUGAAUAUGGCUCGUUUCUCGCCCGACGGGAAAUGGGUCGUUUCCGCGGGAGAAGAUGGCAUGAUCAAGCUUUGGGACCUCUCCGCGGGACGUCUACUCGCUGAGUUGACUGGACACACGGGUUCGGUCACAGCUGUUGCGUUCCAUCCGACUGUACUUCUUCUUGCCACCGCAUCCACCGACCGUACAGUUCGUCUUUUCGAUCUCGAGAACUUUUCUCAAGUGGCUGUCAGUGGCACGGAACUCGCGGGGUCUGUGGUCCGUCGAAUUGCGUUUCAUCCUGAUGGUGUCUGUCUGUAUGUGGCCACUUUGGACUAUCUCAAGAUUUACGAUUACGAAACGAUGACAUGCCUGGAAACGGUGAGCGUUGGCUGGCGGAACGGUGGGGGAUUAGAUGACAUGGCCAUUGCUCCCAGCUUCAACCAACUCGUCGGAGCGAGCAUAAGCAACUCGACUCUUAGCACAUUUGUGGUAGACAUCAAAUCAUGCAUUCCGUUUGUGGACGAACUGCCAUCCGUAGAUGUACCAGUGCAGCAAUCCCAACAGACGCCGGCCUGUGCACAAGCCCUGCCGUCCGAAUCUGCCGCAGACAACACUGUUCGGCCUUUUAUUGUCGAAGAACGGCCAUAUACCCGUUGCGGCUCAGCAGCGUCCAAUGCGACCCAUCCGAGAAAUCGAAAAAGUUUCUGUCUCAUAGCUGAGGAGAACGCCCGCAGCACGCUUCAGGAGGAUCUCACGGAUCCCGAUGCUCACCUUCCGUACAAACCGUCCGCUGAUGAUCAGAACGAAAUGGCCUCCUCCGCGGAUAUCAACGAUCCAGAAGAAUAUGAUCGCAUUUUCAAACCUCGCCGAACCGUUGCCCGAAGUCCAUCACGUGCCUUCAGUUCAGCGAACAAAACUUCUAAAGCUACCCCAGCCCCGUCCUCUGCCCGUCGCAUUUCUCCUCCGGAAACCACAGCACACUCCGGCACUGCCUCCAUAUCUGAGCGCUCCACAGCCAAUGUAGUUAAUGAUAGGAACCAGCAAGUUCACGGACAACACGUCAGAGUCGAGGACACUGCUUUCGUCCCACCGCCCAUCAGGCGUGUUCAGUCCACCAUGCAAACAAAAUCAAGCCGCCCUACCUCUUCCCCUGGAAUUACGGCUCCUUCACAGCGUUUGGUUUCUGACGAUGUGUUGACAGAAUUCGUCCAAAACGCAGCCGAUUCCAAGCUUGGUUCGGUCAUUCAAGCAACUCGUGCCGACACUCCCAAUGCGGCAGCCGAUCCUUCCGAGUCCGAGUGGCUAGCCAGUAUACGCAAGUCGCACAAUCUAUUCAUGACCGUUAUGUCUGCGCGGGUAAAGGGAAUUUCCACAGUUCGUAUGAUGUGGACACGGGACAACAUUCGAACGGCUGUGGAAACCGCUCUGAUGAUGAACGAGCCUGCAAUCGUUGUUGAUGUUCUCAGUAUAUUGGCGCAAAACAGCAAACUGUGGAAUUUGGAGCUGGCAACGGUUAUCCUACCUCAUUUGGUACCGCUAAUCCGAAGUAAAUAUUCCAGACAUGUGGAAACAACGUGUAGAACGGUUCACUUAAUUUUGAAGAACUUCGCCCAACUUAUUAAGCACACUCUUGACGGCCCCACUCCACCAGGUGUGGAUCUCAUGCGAGAAGAAAGACAAAGAAAAUGUCAGGAAUGUAUGGAUCAUUUACUUUCCAUACGAACAGCACUUGAAACCAAAGAAGUUGCUUCGCGAGCCGGACAAUACGGUCGAGAGCUUGUUGUUCAAUUCCAGACAUUGUCCUGAUAGCCGACACACCCGGACGCAUAAUUCUAUCCAACUUUCGCCUUUUCGACCCGAUAUGUUGCGCACUGUCAUCACCGUGCUUAACGUUCUAGUACUCCUUCGCUCCCAAGAACCGUUCCUGUACAUAAAACGCUUAACUCAAUGUUUUUCUAGGCUCAAAUAUGUCCGUUUUAUCCACCUCUCUCCCGUGUUUCUGAGAUCUCGAUAAUUAUUCUCAAUUUCCACCCGGUUUCGUCUUUCAUUAGAACAUUUUUUCCAAAGUCCAAAGCAAAAUACGCCCACGGAUUUCCUGGUUAGUCUCUCAAUGCAUUCGCGUAUUGUUUGCCUCCCGUGCCUAAUAUUGCUGUCAACUAUCUGAAGGUUUCUUUCUGUGGCUGCCCCUCAACUCGACCGUUUUCUUGGUGCCGUGUCUCGAUUGCGUCAUCUUUUGCUUAUGAGUCCCUUCAUUUUCGAUGAAUCCUUCGCUGAAC